AUGGUGACGAAGAAGAAGGUCGCCCCCGUGCCGGCGGCCGUCGCGAAGAAGACGGGCGGCGUGGCGAAGAAGAAGAAGGCGGAUCCUUAUGAGAACCUGUACGAGUCCAGGUCGAAGGCCGUUGGGCCCGGUAAUUACCCACCGCCAAAGCGCGACAUGCACAGAUGGGUUCGGUGGCCCAAGUACGUGCGGGUUCAGAGGCAAAGGAGAAUCCUGUGCAUGCGUCUGAAGGUACCGCCAGCCAUCAACCAGUUCACACACUGCCUGGACCGCAACCAAGCAAGUACCCUCUUCAAGCUGCUCAUGAAAUACCGGCCAGAGGACAGGAAGACAAAGCAGAUCAGGCUGCAACAAGAAGCGGAGCUGCGUGAAAAGCAAAUGGAGAUCGAGAAGAAAAAGCCCAUUGUGGUUAAAUUUGGUCUGAAGCAUGUCACUGCCCUGGUCGAGAAUGUCAAAGCCCAGUUGGUCAUCAUUGCGCACGAUGUCGAUCCUCUGGAGCUGGUCAUAUGGCUCCCUGCAUUGUGCAAGAAAAUGGGUGUACCAUACUGCAUAGUGAAGGGCAAGGCUAGGUUGGGCAGUGUUGUGCACCAGAAGACGGCUGCCUGCUUGGCCAUUACCAAUGUCAAGAAUGAGGACCAGAGGGAGUUUUCGAAGAUAGUCGAGACUUGCAAGGCCAUGUUCAACGAGGGUCCAAGGAUCAGCUGGGGUGGUGGUGUCCUGGGAAUGAAGUCACAGCACAAACUCAGGAAGAGGGAGAAGAUCCUGCAGAAGGAACUUGCACAGAGGAUGCAAGCAUAG